AAGUCAGGAUCUGAAGCUGUCAUGUCUGGAAGAGGCAAAGGUGGUAAAGGACUCGGUAAGGGAGGCGCUAAGCGUCACCGUAAAGUUCUGCGUGAUAACAUUCAGGGUAUAACUAAGCCCGCUAUUCGCCGUCUUGCCCGCCGUGGCGGUGUGAAGCGUAUCUCCGGCCUGAUUUACGAGGAGACUCGCGGAGUUUUGAAGGUGUUUCUGGAAAACGUCAUCCGUGAUGCUGUCACUUACACCGAGCAUGCCAAGAGAAAGACCGUGACCGCCAUGGAUGUUGUGUACGCGCUGAAGAGGCAGGGACGUACCCUGUACGGCUUCGGCGGUUAAACAUUU